CAAUAUUUAGGUUAAUCAAUACUAAUGUUUCGAAACUUAAUUGAAUAAAUAUUCAUGUAUAUACAUGUGUAUACGUGUAUAUGUAUAUUAGUUUUCAUAUGUAUAUUAGUUUUUUCACACACCUGAGUAGAUACUUGUCGCUUACAAGCCCAGUUUUUACUCUUUCGUAUUUAUUCCAUUGUAUUAUUUAAAAAUGUUUCAGUCAACGCCAUCAUGCUAUUUCUCUAGUCAGUUCUUGACUUUCUAAAGUUUGUAACCUCACAGAAGGAAAUCAUAGUGAAGGAAAUCGGAGUGUAAUAAGCUGAGAAACACAUGCAGCAUAGUUGUAAGAUACCAUUAAUUCGUAUCUCUUCACGACAUUAAAGUUAACUCAAGUUUUAUUAUUAAUGAGUAUUCCUUGCGAAAUAUUGAAUAGAAUGAAACUACAAAACUUCAGACCAUCUGAAAAAUUUGUACUCUGUGAUUAUACCUUUUAUUAAAAUGAUUAUUGAUGUUUGAGUAUCAAAUCGUCACUGUGCAUACACAUAAUCUAUUUUGAUUGUUUACAUUUUGAUCACUCAACUCCAAAAAAUGCAGAAUUCUAUAACGUAAUCACUCGAUAAUUCAUAUAUACAUCCUUAACCAUUAAUUUCGGCAUGAGAAUUUGGUUGCGGUGUUUUUUUAGUAAGCAUUAUUUUUUUUGUUCGCGGCCAAAGAUGUACUUGAAAUACUUGCUUCAGUUAUGUAGAUAAAACGAGUAGCAGACUUAUUUCAAUUCAUAUCUUAAGUUCAGACCCUAAUUCCCAAAAGAGUCAGUUUGUGGCGGUUACAUGUUAUUUGCAUGUUUAGCCUCCAAAGCAGUUUUUUCCGUUCUUUUAAUAAACUACUGAGUUCUCCUAUAUUUUCUCUCUUAGUACCUUUAUAUUUUGCUGCUUAUCUUUUGGUUUGUACUGUAGGAAAUUAUUUUUCAUUUAGAAUAUAAAGUUAUGUAACGAGAUUGUGAAAUCGAAAUUUGUAUAUCGUUUAUCAGCCAGAGCCUGUUACUGUAUAAUUCACAACUCAAAAAGCUAUAUCGAACUUUAAGGGAAACAGUUAGAUACGUUGUCAGUAAAAACUGAUGUUUUCAAAGGGCUAUAACUAUUUUGGAUGAUUUGAUGUACACUUACAUGAUUUUAAAUCACGUGUUAGAUGUUUAACAUUUACGAUUAGUUUUUAAGAUAUUUCACUGAAUAAUUUCUUCGUAAUAACUUCAUUUACAAUAUUAUACAUCAUUAUGAUGAUUUCUACUUAUUUAACAGAUAAAGUUGCCAAAUCAGUAUUCAUAUUAAAAGAUACAAGAAGUCAUCAGUUAAACAAGAGGGCGACUUUGAAACGAAAUGGCAAUUCAGACAUUACAAUACAUGAAGAUUUGAUAAAAGCCAAAUCCACGGAAGAAUUAACAAGAAAAGUUUCGAUCAAAAAUGAGACAAAAAUUAAUAACAAGACUAAAAGUACUCAACUUAAAUCUUUAUCAUUUCAAAAAUCAGACGAAUAUUGUACUAGAGACUCCAAUGACAUUUUGAAUCAACUGAAUCAAAAGAAAAGUUAUAAAAUGGUUAAUAAACUGUCGUUAUCAGAAACAAGAAAUACAGAAUAUAAAAUACACAUAAGUACUGAUAGCACUGAUUCUAAACUCAUCAAUCAUAGUGAUAAUAAUUCUUCCUUAUUACAUAAAACCAGUAAUAAUUCUUAUCACUUGGCAAAUAGUAAUGGUGAAAAAAUGAAGAGUGAUAAAUCUACUAAACGGAAAAGUUAUUUAAAACAAAACACAACCCUCUUACCAAAUGCACUGAGAGCUGUUGACUUUGUACUGCCUACUGAAAGUUCGGGACCAAGCAAAGAGAAUGACGGAUCAAUCAUUCAUCCUAAUAAGUUACGACAUACAGGAGUGAGUUGACAAAUAUAUAUAUAUAUAUAUAUAUAUAUAUAUAUAUAUAUAUAUAUAUAGUCAUUUAAUGUUCUGAAAUUUCAUGAAGACAAACAAUAUUGUUUGUGUUAUAUUUAUUAGUCAUGUUGGUAGAUCUAAGGACUGUCUUAUCUGAAAAUAUGUUGAAUUACAUUUCAUUACAAAUACGUGUAUUUACAAAUAAAAUGUAAAUAAUACUUUGUAAAAAACGCUUGAGAUUUAUUGGUUAGAACAAUAAGUUACCAAUUGCAGUUUUGUUAUUAAAUAUAACUCUUGUUGUAGCUAAACCAUCCUUAAGUAGAACAUGUUAGCAUUUAUUAUCAACUAUGAAUAUCACUUGACAACAGAUGGAAAUAAGAGCUCAGGACAGAGUAGACUGAGGAUUCCUGGUCGGCCCCUAUACUCUACAAGGAGUAUCAGGCUUUUAGAAUCACACUUAUAACUUGGUCUGAAAAACAAUGAAAAGUUCUAUCGCUCAAAAGUCUUUAUAUUUUGGAUCACUGCUACAUCAGUGAAAUACUAGUAGUGAAAAAUUGAACAAAUUUUGAACAACCACAUAGAUUUUAUUUUCAGACCUACUGGAAAUUUUGUUAUAAAAUUCACAUAACCGUCAGUAGUCUGAAAAGUGAAGGAAAUGAGAAACUGAAAUGACAGUAUUCACUUGGAUAGUGAUUUUGUAAUGCAGAAUUUAUUUGUUUUGAAAAACGUUAUUGGCGAUGCAUUCAAAGUAAUAAAUUAUUCGUUUUUUAUAUAAUCUCGAUCACGGUCUAUGAAUAAUGAAUUUCACCUAUAUCCAUUUAAUUUACGAUUACGAUCUUUGAGUUAGAAGUAAACGAAAUACUUACUGGAAUCCAGUUCAAACUUUAGUAAAUAAAUAACUAGAACUGAUUAAGUGAUUCUGGUGAUGUCAAGUGUUCAUUAUUACACUUUUACUUUAAAGAUCUUACCAUCCAACAACUUUUAUCGUUCAUAUUUAAGGAAAAAAUCAUAUGAUUAAAUACAUUGUGCUGUUCAUAAUAUAAUAGUAAAAUCAUUAUCAAUUUUUUUGUAGCAUCUUUAGUAAAAAGGGUCUCUUGUAAUUGGUUUCGAGAGAGAUCAUCUAUACUUGUUCAUCAGUAGCCUUGAACUAGGAUCAAAAUGAUUAUCUUGAAAUCUUUGGCUUUUAAUGGUUUUCCACUUAAUAUAAGAUCAUAAAUUUAAUUAUUAGGUUUUAAAAGGUAGUAGUAAAAUAUUCAAACUAAAAUGUCCCGUUUAUCGUAGUCCGUGAUAUGUUGAAAUAUUUAUCUACAAAAUUUUUGAUUUUUUGAAAUUGUAUAUGUCCAUAGUACUGUAAAAUCAUUCAAAGUGUAGCCUUUGAAAGAAUGCUUGAGAUUAGUAAUGAUAAUUUUGAAAAUGUCUUUUAUCAAAUGAUUAAGGGAUUAAAGAAAAACACAAAUUAUACGUGCUUCUAAUAUAAUCACUCAUGACUCUGUUGGCAAAAAGAGAAAGGACGGAAAUCGAUAACUUGACUUUGAAGAAGUAGUGGGUGAGGAGACCUUCCAAAGUUAUUGUCUGAAAUUCACGUUAGUAAAUAAAAUUCACGAGAUGUUGUAGAAUGCUCAUUCAAAAAUUUAGUUGUUUCUAUCAAUUUCACUAUCACUUAAUUAACACAAAACAUGACUUAUAUUGUUAAAGAAAAAGUUAGGGAUUCUUCAUCAUAGACUUAUUUCAUAAUUCUGAGUACAAAAUAUUGUCUACUGCUUUAGAAGUAUUAGCUUCUUACGAUUCGUCCUUACGGCUUACUUCAUUUAUUCAUUAAGAAGUCUAAAAGUUAAAUAUUAUAUACAUGUACAUGUUAUUCUCUGAAAUCAGUGUAUAACGCCCCAUAUAAAUGUGUAAAAUGAUGUAAGUCCAUGCAAAGUAGCUGUCAACUAGGAAAGCAUUUAAAACCCAAUGGAGCAUUCUGCACAAAAAGGUCGUUCUCUUAUUUGAGUUGAUUGACUUACAUCCUUUUUUAUCACACCCUAAAUGAAGUGUCUAAAACGUAUUUACGAGUAAAACCAUGUUUUAAAAACAGAAUAACGUAAUUUCUAUCAAAUUGUGUGCUGUUGGGCUUUGGUAAAAAUCUCAACAGUUUAUUAUGUAGUUAUUAUCAUAUAAUGAAGUCACUUAACUAUGGUACAUCAUAAAAGGUAGAUAUAUUUUAAUUCGUCAUAACCACGAAAGUAAAGCGUAAGAUUCAAAAUGUUAAAUUAAUAAUUAAAAUAAUCUUAAACUGCUGCUCAGUGUACUACCAACUACAACUAAACACUUUUGUCCAAUCAUAAUGGAUUAAAAGACUCUAUCAAAGCCUACUUCAUUCUCAAUUUUUUAUGUUAAGUGGACUGUGAGUCAUGAAUGUUUGACCAUCACUACAUGCGAGUUGUUACUUCAUUGAUGAUGAUGUGUUAGAAAACAAAAUAAAACAAAAAUUGUGAAAUGCUGCAUUUUUAAAUCGGAAAAUAUAAUAUUGAUACUUUUGGUGCUUCGCAGUUCUAGUCAAAAGUAAAUAACUAGCAGGUGUCACAUGUUUUGUAAAUAGUUAGAUCAUAUGAAGUAGAUCAUAAGAAUAGUACAAAAGGUGUUAUUUUGAUGUAAUCAUUUUAGUAUCUUACAUAAUAGUUUAGAAAUUAAGAAAUUAGACUUAAUACAUUUGAUGUUAUAAAGGAUUUCAUCGAUAAAUAUAUUGGCCCUCAAUGCCAUGUAGCCUGAUGCAUUGCUUUAUUGAAGGUUACUUAUUCCCACUUUAGAUGUGCUACACUGAUAUGGUACACAAACAAUUACCUAACUAGUUUUAGUCAGAUAAAAUUGGUUCUCCUUCACUUUGUACUAUAUACUUAAAAAGAAAAAAAUAACUAAGUGUUGCCAUGUUUAAGGAAAGUUUUAUAAGAAAAGUAUGAAAAUUUUAUAAAUUAUAUUUAAAAAAGAGAGGAAAUAACAGAAUCUAUGUAAAACAAUCUCAUUUCAAUGUUGCAAUAUAUUUUUUGCAGUGCAUUCUGUUAUAUAGUAUUGAAAAACACAUCAAUAAAUACUAAACCCCUCAUAAAAACACUAUUCAACUAAACAUUCAUGAAUUUCUACCCUUUUUCGAUUAGCGUUUUUUUUACUUUUAAUAAAAAAUUUCAGAAAACUAUAAAAUAUGUUAAGAGUUUGAUAGUUAUGUUUCAAUUAAAUAAAAUAGUUUAUCUACUUAUCCACAAAAUAGUAUCAUAAUUUGUGAUAGCUGCGUUGAUAUAUUCACAAUGUGAAAUAAGGUUUUCAAAAUUAAUAGCAGAACAGGAACCCCUAGGAGAGCAUAUUUAUAUUUCUUAAAGAUGUGGUCAAACUGGUUUCUCAUAUCCUUAGUGAUAUAAAAAUAGCUUUUCUCAAUUUUAGCUCACUUUAGUAUUCUUUGCUUCAUAUCAAAAAGAAGGUUGAUAUCAAAUGCUUUUAAUCAUGGGCCGAUUUUUCACUGACAUUUUUGUGCAUCGUUUUCUAAAGGAGAGAACUGAAUAGUCAGUUGCUCAAUAAUUGAAGUCCCAGAAAGAAUAGCCUUGACGAUCAUCCUUAUGAUCAAACGAUUGACCUCAAAAGGAAAAGAAAUCAAUAAUAAUAAUAAUAGCUCUACUUGAUGUCAAACAUUUUGGUGUAGUAAAAUGUUCCAACUACCGGUCGUUCGAUAUUACAACUAAUACCGGUCAGAAUCUUUCAUCUGCAUUCAAUCACCAAAGUUGUCUAACAAUUUUCUGUUGAUUAUGCUUGGAUUUUAGUUUAUUUUUCCACCGUUCUGUCAAAUGAUAGAUAACAAGAAAAUUAUGCCAAGUGCUUCUGCUUGAGUUUUCCAGCGUUUAUUACCAUAAUCAUUUGUAACCUUUAUCACCGUGUGUCAGUACAUACUGUUAACACUUGUAAUGAUUCAGUCAAAACAAAUCCGAAACAAGCAGUUUAACUGUGAUACAUAUACAAAUGGGAAAAAGUGGCUUCAACUUUUGAGUAUAUAUAUAUAUAUAUAACUUUGAUUGAGCUAUCAUUGUCUACUAUAGAGGCGCUAACAACUUAACCGUUGAAUAUUGAACUCUGUACUCAAAAGCAGUAUUUACAAGUUCACAUUCUACUAUGGUCCUAACGCUUAAUUGUUUUUAUAUUUUUUAAUAUUCGGUAAGCUAGCUAAUGAUGUGUAUCUCCAGUUUUUCAAUAUGUUUAUUAUGGACACUUUUGAGGUUUUUCCGUUUUUUUACACCAUUUUCAUAUCCGUCAAGUAGACAAGUAUCUCUUAUGAUUCUUUCUCGUUUUAUUACACUUUUUCAAGCUCUUGAUCGUUACCCAACUCUCUUGAGACAUUUACACUUCAUGUAAUUCAUUCUCUUUUUUAAAUAGACUAUUAUAAUUGUUAGAUCACUACGAAUAUAUUUAUGUAGCCUCAGUAUACAAUAUUGUUUAAAGGUAAAUUUUCUUUUUUGAAUUGUCUUUUAAGUCUUUUUCCACUACAGUUGUUGAUCUAUUCUAUAUUCUUUUUUUCGAAAAUGAUAAGACUUUUGAAUUUAUAAUCAGUGACUGUGGAACUUUUUAACAAAAGCAGCUUUGGAUUUUUACUGUUAUUGAGUUAAAAUAAGCAUUCGUGAGGCAAAACACAGAUAAAUUAAUAAACUACUGUGGUAACAGUGUUUUAGUGAGAUUUGUAUUAACAUAAGUGUUAACAUAAAGUGUUUACACCCCUUAAAUAUAAUAAGCCUAGGCAGUAACAAUUAAUAACUCAUGUAAUCGAUAAUACAUUAGUAAUAAGUUAACCAUUUUACUAAUAUACACAGUUCAAAUACCCCUAACACAAUGCUUCAUUUCCAAUAAACGUCUUAUUACAGGUUAAAGUGAUAAGUAACCAACCGGAGGGUUACAGAUCUAAUAUGAAUUGUGUUUAAUUAUACGGUGCAAAAAUAAAAAAUGUGUAGUUUAAAACCAAGUCUAUGAAAUACCAGUUAUAAUCGCCGUUGUUAUUAUUAUAUAAAAGACAUCAUUAUAAAGAUUGUUCUUUGGAUAAAAGUAUGCUCAUAUUACUAAUGAAGGUCAUCCAAAUUAAGAUCAAUAAAUCAACAAUAGAAUGGUAAUUAAAUAAAUCCUAUCAAUAAUACAAUAAUAGCUACAUUUCAUUUAAAUAUUUUAUGGUGUGAUUCAAAUAAAAAAUAGAUAAUGAACUUAGUACCAACAAAAUCGUCACAUAGAGGUCACGUGUAAAAACCUACUCAUCAUCAAAGGUUACUUUCGUAAAAUAUAAAUAGAGUGAAAAUAAUUAUACAAUAUAUUCAUUAACCUGAAUGAAUGUCUUCUGACUGAUCAGUGUAAUUAUUGCUGAAACUGUAUAAGAAUUGAUACUCAAUUUCUUUAAUUCGUGGUUUACAUUAUUGAUUUAUAAUAAUAAUAGUAAUGCAUAUAUCUUAUUUAUUAUACUGUAAAAGAUUUGUAUCAAAUAUGCAGUUCAUUUAUUUAAUUAUUAUAGUAGUCAUUCAGUUGAAGCAAAUAUUUGGAAAUAAUUUAUCAAAUGUUUAUAUACGUAUUUAUAGACAAAUUUCUUUUGGCAAACUAUUCUAAAUUUUGUUGUAAAAUGUGUUUACUUCUUAGUAUACCUUACAAACAAUCGAUUUUAUAUCGUUUCGAUGAAACAGAAAAGAAAACUAUAAACAUAAAGCAGAAAUUCUUAAUUUCAUUUUUUUCAUACGCUCAUAAGAUAUUUAGAACAGUAAAAUUGUCUUUAGUAUUGUGAAUUAGAAAUUAGUGCCAAGAGUAAAUGCACAUCGUAUUUUGGGGCAUUGAUGAAGAUUCGUAGCUUAAGUGGAUGAUUUUAAGGGAAAUUUCAUUCCCUGACCCAGCUGGUUUUAAUAAUUGCACUACUCAGCUCUGUGAACGAAAGUUUCACCAAACGAAUUGCGGUUUAACCACUCUGACUAAUGAGAAUAUGAUUUGAAGUACUAUGGUUUUAAGUUAUUUGCUCCUUAAUCACAAAGCUUUUUAACAAUAGGUAUAUUUGAUUGGUUCUCACUAACAAAAUAUGCUGUGAAUAGUUGUAACAUUAUUAAAGACAGUUGAUCAUACUUUUAGUUCGUGUACUAUUAAAUAAGGUUAUCCUACCAUUGCAAUAUUAGAAACUUUCAUCUGAAUGAAUAACCAUUUUAAAUAAAAAAUAUCUUUUAUUCUCUACAGCCUAGAAUGAAAUUAAUUUACUUCGUGAUCAUUGUUUGCCAGAUGUGGUAUGUUACAUUGUUCCUCAAUAUGAACAAUAAACUAGUUUCAUUUAAGUAAAUGUUUAAUUUAAUCAUAUUAAGUCAUCAUCAUAGGAAAUGGAUUAAAGUUCGCCAAAGAUCACGGGGCUUUAACUAACCGGUUACAUGUAAAAUAGUACCAUUUUCAUUAAGAUAGAAGUAAGAGGAAACUUUUACAUAGCACAAUGUAUUGUCACAAAAAUUCUAGGAACCUGUAUUUUUAAUCAGUAGUCUGAACGAAUAGCUCUAGGUCCAAGAACUAAGACUCAUGGAUUCAACCCCAUACUAAGUCGUAGGUACUGCUGUUUGAGGGCUUAACAAUAAGAUAGAACGGUCAGUCGUUGACCUUUGCACCUCAACGGCCGUUUAACUUAUAUCGUUCUGAAAUAGAGAUUAAUUUAAAGUUACGCUCUUGUUGAUUAACAGUUAUAAGACAAAUUAAAUGUUAUAUUAUAAAUGAUUGUUUUGUAAAAGGAUUAUAUUUUCAUUUUGAGCUAAUAAAUUUCAAAAAAUCUAUGACUGAUAUGCAUGAGUAAAUGGAUGAUGUUCAAUUGAUUGAAAAAUGUUAAGCGCAAAUACUAUCACAGAAAAAUCAGCCGAAUCGCUGCAAAGAUUGAUCGAUAUGAAAUAUAAAAACAAUUUGAUGACCUUUUGAUAACUGAGUUUAAUAUUUCACAAUUAAAAUUGAUUAAAUGGACAUCUAUAGAAUUUUCAAUUGACGUGAUUUGAAAUAACUGAACCCUGAACGUUAUUAAUUUAAUAAAUUGCGUAAUGAACCAUACAUAAACAUAGUGCUACACAUUCAAUGUUACAAUGUUUAUGAACAAAUUACUAAAUCGUUUACGAUCUCAAUGACUAAAUAAUGAUAGUAUGGUUUACGAAGACUACAUUUUUAAUCCACACCACUGGCUGACCUUGAAGAAUCACUAAAGAACAGGAAGUACUGGACUUCUGUUUCUUUGCAGUGGGACUCUCCUCAGCGGUGGUCAUCCACAACCCCCUCUUGUAUCUAACUCUAGACUUUCAGGUCUCACAGCGGUCUUUUAACAUUUAGACCAUUUGGUUGGAAUCUAAUGGCCUACAUGUUUAGCUUCAAAUAAUCUGUGACAUUGACAACUCAGUAAUUUUAAAAAUAAGCAUUUGCCUCGAAACCUAAAAGCUUUGAGUUCACUUUCAAGUGUGACCGUGCAUGCCUAAUGCUGAGAAGCCUUACACUGGAUUGAGACGCUUUUCUGGUGCUCUCUGUUCUCCAACUAAGAGAGGAGUGAAAACUUUAUCAGCUUCAUGGAAGCCAACAAUGUUAUCCAAUGAAGAAAAACAAAGACGACCAAUUAAUCGAAAACAAAGAAGAGAUUCCAUGUAUGAAAAAGGAUAUGGUAAACUUUCAUCUUACAAAAUAUAUGAAAAGUUGGGAGAAGGAACAUAUGCCACUGUUUAUAAGGGUUAUAGCUUAGUAUCUAAACAAUUAGUGGCUUUGAAAAGAAUACGUAUGAGAAAAUCCGAAGGUGCACCAUGUACAGCUAUACGUGAAAUCAGUCUUCUUCGUGGAUUGAAUCAUGCAAAUAUUGUGAAACUACAUGAUGUUAUUUAUGAAGCCGGUUCAUUGACAUUGGUAUUUGAAUACGGGGGAAGUGAUCUCAAAAGGUACAUGAGAAUGUACAAUAAUCGUCUACCUAUGAAUGUCGUCAGAUUAUUCACUUUCCAAAUAUUUCGAGGUCUUGAAUAUUGUCAUGCAAAACAAAUAUUACACCGGGAUUUAAAACCUCAAAAUUUAUUAAUUAGCAAAACUGGAGAUUUGAAAUUGGCUGAUUUUGGAUUGGCACGUUCGCAGUCUGUACCAAUUAGAACAUACUCCAGUGAAGUUGUAACACUCUGGUACCGACCACCAGACGUACUAUUAGGUGAUAAAAACUACUCCGGUCAUAUUGAUAUCUGGGGAGUUGGUUGUAUUCUGUAUGAAAUGACAACAGGUUAUAGUCUUUUUCCUGGUACUUCAAAAGAAGAUCAAAUUAAAAUUAUUUUUAGAAAAUUCGGAAUUCCACCAGAAUCCUACUGGCCCAAUUUAAGGACAAAUCCUAAAUUUUUAGAAUAUCUAAAUUCAAAUCGACAUAAAGAAAAGUGUGAAUCAAAUAAGCCCAGUUAUUCUCAGUCUUCUACAAAUCUUAAUUUAAUUGACAGUAAAAAACCCUCAUCUCAAUUAAAUAAACAAUUAUAUGAUGAAAAUGUCGAUUCUAUUGAUACAUAUAAUGAAAAAAUAAAAAAUACACUGUCAUGUAGUGCAGCAAGAUUGAAUUCAGAUGGUCAACAAUUAUUAUUUGAAUGUCUUGCCUUAGUUGGAAAUCGUCGAAUUACAGCUACUGAUGCACUCAAGCAUGUUUAUUUCAAAUGUAUUCUACCACCUGGUAUUAAUGUACAUGAUUUAUUACCAGAACAAUCGAUCACAUUACUUGCUAUUGAACAAAAUUCAAUUAAUUUUUCGCAGCCAUCUCGAAUUCAUACCACUAACACUGUUACUACUAGUAAGAAUAAUGGUAAUAAACAUAAGAAUAAAAAUAAUUCAACAUUAUAUGAUAAUAAACUGUAUGGUAAUGAACAAUUAUCAAAAAGUUUAACUAACUUAUCAACCGUUCGUUCUUAUCCUUCGAAUGAUUCAAAUCCACGCAAUACAUCCAUAAUCCUACCGAACAGUAAAAAUAAAUUAACAACAACAAAACACAAAUCCGAUAAUGAGCAUCAAGUGCAAGCAUUUAAACUGGAGAAAACUAAAAGCUCAAUACAAUUAUGCUAUAAUGAAAGAAACAACACCUCUACUACUACUACUACUACCACUACUACUACUACACAUCAUCAACAUGAACAUAAUUCUAAGUCUGGUGACAAUAAUAAUAAUAAUAAUAAUAAUUCCAUUCUAACUGACCAAAGCUCGGAUAUUGACACGUCAUUUAGUUCAAAAAGUCAAUAUUUUAUUCCAUAUGAAAAAGUAUGCAGUCAACAACAUCAACCAGAACAAGUUUCAUUUUCGUCGGUAAAAAACCCGAAUAAAUUGAAUGAAAAAAUGAAAAGACCUGUUAGAAAAUAUUUGACAAUUUCUUCAGGACAUACGCAUAAAAUACUUUACUAUCAAAAUAUUAUUGGUAAGAAUGUCAGUGAUAACAAUAAUAAUGAUAAUGAUAGUCAUAACAAUACUGAUAUCAAGAAUAAAUCAAUAAGUAUUACUCCAACAAAUAAUCUUACAGCACUUGUUAAACGUAAAUUAUAUUCAUUACAAACAAAAGCUAAAGAAUCUCGAAAUCGUCUGAGAUCUUUAUCGACUGAUCAAUUUAAGAUCAUAAGUUUAUCAUCACCAUCUUCAGAUUCUUCGAAAGAAAUUGAAUUGAUUAAUGCAAAUGGUUUUGGUGACGAUAAUCAUAGUAAUGAACUGAAUAGUAGCAACACUUUUGUAAAUUUACAUGGUGCUCUUACGAACAAAAUUAAUGACGGAAAAUUUGGUCAAAAGAUGAAUCAAAAUAGACUAUCCAUUGACGUAAAUAAAAAUAAAAAUCUUGAUUUGCCAAAAUCUAUACAAAUCAUUAAUAGUCCAUCAUAUAAAUCACCAAAUAAAAAAAUAAUCAAAUCAAAUUAUUCAACUAUUUCAAAUAAUUCAAUGAAUCGUUUAAAUCAUCACAAACAUUCACAAUUAUCAUCAUCUGCAUUUAUAAGAAUCAAUCGUCUGAAUAGUUUUAAUUUAAAGGGUAUACAACAAAAUUAUUGUUUUCAAUCAAAUAAUUCAUUAGUUCAUUCAAAUUCUCAUCGUAAAAGUUGGAAUAGUUCUGGAUCAUCAAUUUUAGAUACUCCAUUUGAUGAUCAGAGUGUAUUCAAAUGGAACAUGAACAUUACUGAGAUGCCCCAUAAAAACUCUCUUAUAAUCCACGUAAACAAAGAACGAAACUCAUCGUAGCAACUGGAAUGAAUAACCUUUAUUCAUAUUUUCAAAGAAAAAAGAUUUCUCAAUAAAAUCUCAAAAGAAUAAAGAUUAAAAUAAAAGUAUCUUAACAUUUUCUAAUAUUAAUAUUAUCAUUGUAAAAAGUUUCGUGUAAUUUGAAUACGCCUUGUCAUCAAGAGUUUAUUUUCUGACAUUUUUUUCGUUUUGUAUUUUCUUUCUUUUAGUCAAAUGAGUAAAACGUUUCAAGUCAUCAUUAUCAUUACUAUUACUAUUAUUAUUAUCAUUGUUAUUAUUAUUAUUAUUAUUACUAUCCCACAACUAUUACGUCACUUUAAUAAUGCAACCCAUCAUAUAUCAUUUUUCUCUUAUUUUUACUGUACUAACAUAUUUGAUAGACAUAUUUUAAUAUCUUAUUUCUACAAAAAAGACAGACAAAGUAAAUCAUUCACCAAUUUAUUUCUUAAAUUAUAUGAUUAGAAAAUGUUUACACACAUCAGAAAACAAUCACAAAUUUUUGUAAGAUUCAAUUCAUUAUUUUGUUCAAUGACAUGUAUCUUGCUUUAAUUCUUUCAACCACCGGUUUCAAUAUUUAUAUAAUGUUGUUGCUACUUACUUAUCUUAUAAAUGGUAGUACCAAUACAUACAAAUAAGUUAGUUUAUCCUAACCAUCUACUUAUUAUUAAACCUCACUUACUUAUUUAUCAUAAUAUCAUAAGUAAUUUUUUUUUGUAUGCUUUCAUUUUUUCUAAUAAUAACAACAUUAAACUUUAUUCUAGGUGUCAGUCUUAAUGCACUAUGACAGAUCUGAUUCUUUGCAAUAAGGAUAGAAUCAAAAUAAAUAGCAUCAAGGCUAUAAAAAUUUUAAACCAUAAAUCUGAAGAACAAUAAACCAAACUAUAUGAAAAUGUGGUAACUAAGUUAUUCAAUUUUACCUCCCUAAAUGACUAAUUUACUUGCUCUUUCUCUUUACAUCAAUAUAAACAAUCGAAAUAAACAGAUUUUCUGUUUGAAUAAUUUUUAUUACUUUUGAACACUUGUCAAAGCAAAUUCCUUUUCUUUCAUUGUAGGCAUAUACAAAUACGUAUUUCAUAAUUGUUUACUUAAUUAAUAACUGUAAAUUUCUCAUUGUGUAUUAAACGAAAUACUUAUGACUAACACGUAACUUUUUAUCACACAUAGAUUUAUGUAACAUACCCAAAGAUUAUAUCACUAUUAUUACGUCACUUUAUACGGCCUUUCAGAUUGAUUUUAUUAGUCAUUUUUCAUCCACUGUUGUAAAACAGUGGACUUGAAAGCCAAGAAUCUAGAAGCUUGAAAAAAAAGUUAAUCAACGGUGUUAUCAAUACUUCAAAAACUACUUGGGGCAUGAAGAUCUCCAGAUAGAAUAAAUUCAAAUUUAGCACCUCGACUUUAGUAUUUCCGUUAUGAAAUGUAAAUGUUCUGCUUUCAGUAAGAUAAACGUUAAUCAUC